UGUGGACUGUGUCUGGCUUAGGCUGAAAAUGGGAGGGCAUCCUUAUUUUUUUUUUGUUGCCUGCCACCCACUCCCACUUCUGGUAGAAUUUUCCAGUUCAAGAUCUGGGAGUAUUCACAUAAGAUCUCUGCAGCAGAUCACACGACAACAUGUCUGAGUCAGCCGAAGCCAUCGCAGCCGAUGUGAACAGCAGGAGGAGUGUCGUCAUCGAACUCACAAAUAUCACCAACAGUUACUGCCUCAUCAACCCCAAGGUAUACCUUGAUAAUGGAGAGACCCACAACCCACCUCAACCCACAGUGCGCCCUCUAAAGACUGAGGUUUGCACUUUCACCAAGUCCAGUUCCAAGGCAACGGGCAGUGUCGGUGUCCUGACCUAUGACCUCCUAGAACGAUCGCGCGAUGACUACAUCGAGACUUUGGCCAUCAUGUUCUCCGUGCCCUGGGACUACCACCUGUACAAGAACUGGUUUGCAGUGGGUCUCUAUAAAAAGGGUCGCAACUGUGACAAGGAUUUGUUCAAAGAAAUGUAUUAUGAGAAGAACCCGUCGGCCCACGGGUUUGCCAGGGAGGAGGCCGUGGGGUCCGGCAUCAAUUACGUGGGUGACUACCUAGAUAUCAAGGCCACCAUGUCUCCCCUGGGCAAUGCCAUUAUGAAGGUGGAGGUGUGGGAUAAGCUCUUCACACCCAUCAUGGGUCAGCAUGCAAUGUAGUCGUCCUCCCUAAUCACAUUAUAACCAUGUACUCCAGCAGCAGCAGCAGCUGUUUGGACCGCACUUUUCCAACCACACUCCAAAUGCAGAAUCAAGCAUGUGUCUGUAAACCUGGAUUUACCAUUAAAUAAACCUGUUUCAAAUCUGA